AUGCCUGUUCAGUCCAAAGAGGACCCAUUAGUUGUCCUGUACAAUCAUUACCUCACCCUCUUUCGCGCCCAGGUCCGCCGCAUACCUAGAUCUGUCAAACUUGCCGCCACCGCCGCCCUCGUUCUGUCCAUCCUCUCCUCUAGCUAUGGCGGUUACAAGUGGUGGCAGGUUCAUUCAAAAGAGAAGGCCCAGGGCCGGACUCUGGUCCGCAAGAAUAGUGGCUUAAGAGGGAAAGGAGGAGAACGCAUCAUCUAUGUUCCCAAGGGCGAUACCACCUCCAAAGUCAUCAUCCAUCCCACACGCUCCACGACAUUUGAUGCCCAUCGCAGACUGUUUCUGACACCUCCACGAGUCACUCGUCUGACCAGCGGUACUUCGACUCCGGCCUAUGGCCCUCCUCCUCCGCAAACAAAACCCGGCCUCAACCUAGCUUUCCUCCAUCAAUUCCUCAGUCUAGCGAACAUCAUGAUCCCGAGGUUCCGAAGCAAGGAGACUGCCUUACUCCUGAGCCAUGCCGUCUUCCUGAUCUUGAGAACAUACCUGUCUCUUCUUGUCGCGAGGCUGGACGGUGCGAUAGUACGAGACCUGGUCGGCGGUCAUGGAAAGCAAUUUCUGCUCGGGCUUCUGAGAUGGCUGUCCAUUGGCACACUAGCCUCCUAUACCAACUCGAUGAUCAAAUUCCUCCAGUCCAAAAUAUCAAUCGCCUUCCGCACGCGGCUGACGAGGUACAUCCAUGACCUCUACUUGAACUCGAACCUCACUUACUAUAAACUCACAAAUCUAGACGGCGGAGUCGAAGGCGCAGAUCAAUUCAUCACACAAGAUCUUACAUUAUUUUGUACAGCGGCGGCAUCAUUGUAUUCUUCUCUGGGCAAACCUCUGGUUGACAUAUUCGUCUUCAACUAUCAACUCUACCGCUCACUCGGUCCCUUGGCUCUGACCGGUCUUCUGGUGAAUUACUUUGGCACUGCUACCAUGCUUCGGAGGCUGUCUCCGCCCUUUGGGAAAUUAAAGGCCAUCGAAGGCAAGAAGGAAGGAGAUUUCCGUGGGCUUCAUGCGAGAUUGAUCGCCAAUGCAGAAGAGGUUGCCUUUUACGGCGGUGCCGACGUCGAAAAGGUCUAUCUCGACAGGUCAUUCAAAGAACUCCGGAGUUGGAUGGAGGGUAUUUACAACGUCAAAGUCCGGUAUAAUAUGCUGGAGGACUUUAUUCUGAAGUACUCGUGGUCUGCGUUUGGCUAUAUUAUUACUUCGAUUCCUGUUUAUCUCCCUGCAUGGGCCGGAUUAAAUACGAUUCUCGAAGCUACUUCCAGCUCAGGCAGAGAGGUCGCAGAAUCCUCUCGGUCGGGAUCGCACAUGAAAGAAUUCACCACCAACAAGAGACUCAUGCUCUCGCUCGCCGACGCAGGUGGUCGCAUGAUGUACAGCAUCAAAGACCUCUCUGAACUGGCCGGCUACACGUCCCGAGUCUACCAACUCAUCUCAACUCUUCAUCGAGUGCACGCCAACGCCUAUGCGCCCAUAGGGCGCCGAGCCUCUCAAAGGGUCGAGCUCUACUCCCUCGCGGACGUACAAGGCACAAUCCAAUACGGCUUUGACGGCGUUCGUCUUGAAGACGUCCCUGUCGUAGCACCAGGCUUGUGGCCCUACGGUGGCGACGAGUUAAUCGAAUCUCUCUCCUUUGUCGUCCACAGUGGCGAACAUCUACUCAUAUCCGGCUCCAAUGGAGUUGGUAAAUCCGCCAUUGCCCGCAUUGUUGGAGGGCUUUGGCCCGUUUACCGUGGCUUGGUCUCGCGACCUCGAAACAACGGCAUGGAUGGAAUCAUGUUCCUACCACAGCGACCCUACCUCAGCAUUGGCACGCUAAGAGAUCAAGUCAUCUACCCGCAUACGGAGAUGGAUAUGCGAGAGAACAAUCGACGGGACAGUGAACUAGAGCGAAUCCUCGAGGAAGCCAAACUUGGCCACUUACUAGCAAGAGAGGGUGGCUGGGACACGCGCAAGGAGUGGAAAGACGUGCUCUCGGGCGGCGAGAAACAGCGGAUGGCCAUUGCUCGCUUGUUCUACCACGAACCCAAAUACGCCUUUCUCGACGAGGGGACUUCUGCGGUAUCCUCGGAUGUUGAAGGCUUGCUCUAUGAGCGGUGCAAAGAGAAGGGGAUCACGAUCAUAACUCUAUCCACACGCGCCAGUCUCCGAAAAUACCACACAUUCAACCUCCUGCUAGGCCUGGGCGAGGAAGGGUUUGAUUGGGAACUGGUCCGAAUAGGCACGGACGAGGAGAAGUUGGGAGUGGAAAAGGAGAUCGCCGAACUGAAGCAGAAACUGGCCAUGGUGGAUACAUGGGAGAAAAGGAGAAAAGAGAUUCAGGACGAGCUGAACCAGGUCUUUGUCGUCAGGGACGGCCAGGACACUGGGCAAAAGAGGAAUUUGGAACGUCCGGGGUACAUUGGAGACGAGGCUGAAUCACAGCAGGAGACUCCAUGA